AUGUGGCCGUGCAUUUUUCUGACACUUUUUUUCCUUGUCCUACCAGGUAUUGUCAGUCCAAAUUUUUAGUGAGACUUAGUUUUUUCGUGCGACCCGGAGGUAAAAUAUAGGGAUUACACAUCCAAAGAGGCUCUUUUGUCGUCAAAAACCGUCAUACUUCUCGAAGGCCGAGCCACAUGUACCCACGACGAGGUUUGUACCUAUCAGGGGAAUAUGGUGCUUUUCAGCUAAAUGAACUGUAUGCCGUUUUAGGUGACACUGUCGUCCCUGUAAGCCGCAAUCUUGAAACCGACGAAUUUCAUGUAUGUCUUUCAUUUUCCGCUAACGUGCCUAGGUGACCUUUUCGGACGAACACAAAAAACUGCCCAAGGGUUACUAUACGGUUCGUUUUUAUGAUGAUGAGGGGUACUUGUCUGUUCGAAAGGCUCAAAGCCUCGGCCAGCCAAUCCAGUCCAUAAAACCCGUCUUCUCGGUUGAAGUAUAUCACGGGGUAGGUUGCUUUUUACAAACUUACCUAGUCAAAGGGCGUGUGGCUCAGACCAUGGAUCCAUUCGGAGACAGUCGCAUUGUUGACUGCCGCACUUGUCGGCUUAGGUGCAGUAUUGACGAAGAAGAAGAUGUUCUAG